AGACACAACAAGUGCUGUGAUAAAAUCUAGGGCACACACAGUUCAGAUUUCUGAGUGAUGAUUGUUGUGUUGUGGAGUUACUAAAGUUAGACAGUUACAAUACUUCAGUAGUCAGUGUAUUUUUGGUUUGGAUAGUUUAUCGGUUUGGAUAGUUAAUCAACAAACUUCUCUACAGAGGAUGAAGAUUGCGGUGAUUGGUCAAAGUCUGUUUGGGGCCGACGUCUACCGGCUGUUACAGAAGGAUGGCCACAAGAUUGUAGGGGUGUUCACUGUACCCGAUGUGAACGGCAAACCUGACCCACUGGCUAUUGCAGCCAGCAAUGAUGGCAUCCCGGUGUUCAAGUACAAGCGCUGGCAGGUGAAGAAGCAGGCCCUCCCAGAGGUCUUAGAGGAGUACAGGGCCCUGGGGGCGGAGCUCAACGUGCUGCCAUUCUGCUCCCAGUUCAUACCAAUGGAGGUGAUCACUCACCCCCGGCACCAGUCCAUCAUCUACCAUCCCUCCCUUUUGCCCAGACAUAGGGGGGCGUCGGCCAUCAACUGGACCCUGAUGCAGGGGGACAAGGAGGGAGGCUUCACAAUCUUCUGGGCCGAUGACGGCCUUGACACUGGGCCCAUCCUGCUGCAGAAGAGGACCUUUGUGGCCCCGAACGACACAGUGGACUCCAUUUACAACAGGUUCCUCUACCCAGAAGGCGUGAAAGCAAUGGGUGAGGCAGUGAGAUUGAUAGACCAGGGCAUGGCCCCUAAAAUUGUCCAGUCAGAGGAAGGGGCCACAUAUGAUGCAAUGUUAAAGAAGGCCAUAGUUGGGAUCAACUGGGACCAGCCGGCCAUGGCAAUACACAACUGGAUACGGGGCUGUGAUAAAGUGCCAGGGGCCUGGGCAACCAUCAAUGGAGAGCAAGUGACCCUGUAUGGUUCUAAGAUGUGGAACAGAAUGGAGCCCCGAGGUCGACCUGUGGCCAUAGAGGGCGCAUCACAUCCAGCCAUAGUGCAUAAGAAUGGCAUGGUGGUGUUCGGGAAUGACGGAAAAAUGGUGAACAUCAGCCAGGUUCAGCUAGCCAGCGGUAAGAUGAUAAAUGCCAGCAAGUUCGGCCGGGACGAAGCGGGGGAGGAGAAGAUUGAGUUAACCAAGGAAGAGGAGGCCAUGAUCUCUAAGCUGAAGACUGUGUGGACGGGGAUACUCAACAUCAACGUGGAGAUUACAACGGAUUUCUUCAAGUCUGGCGCUGGAUCCAUGGAUGUUGUCAGGCUAGUUGAGGAAGUGAAGGAGAAGUGUAAUGGAGUGUCACUGGAGAAUGAUGAUGUCUACAUGAACACAGUGUUUGAGGACUUCUGUAUGUGUGUCGUGAAGAGGGGGCGGGGCAUUGAGGAAAAGGAACCUUUCGUGUUUGAUGCUGUGAAGAUGAAUGCCAACAAUAUGGCGCUGACCAUUCCAUACCAGCUGUUCAUUGACAACGAGUUUUUGGACUCCUCAGACGGGAAAACUUUCAAGACCAUCAACCCUACCAAUGAACAGGUGAUAUGUGAGGUAGCAAAGGGUACACCUGAGGAUGUCAACAGGGCAGUAGAGGCUGCCAAGGCUGCAUUCGAGGAGGGUCCUUGGGGUAAAAUGAAUGCCAGAGACCGCGGCAAACUCAUGUACAAACUGGCAGACCUGAUGGAGGCACACAAGGAAGAGUUGGCUACACUUGAGACUCUUGACUCUGGCGCCGUCUAUACCCUGGCAUUGAAGACCCAUGUCGGCAUGUCCAUUGACACCUUCAGAUACUUUGCUGGAUGGUGUGACAAGAUACAGGGCAAGACAAUCCCAAUCAACCAUGCAACACCGAGCCGCAAUCUGACGUUCACUAAGCGCGAGCCAAUCGGAGUGUGCGGUAUUGUUGUGCCCUGGAACUACCCUCUGAUGAUGCUGGCCUGGAAAAUGGCCGCCUGUCUUGCAGCAGGGAACACUGUGGUGCUGAAACCAGCUCAGGUGACCCCGCUGACAGCUCUUAAGUUUGCCGAGCUCACCGUGAGGGCCGGAUUCCCUCCAGGUGUAAUCAACAUCCUUCCGGGGCCCGGAUCCUCCAUAGGCCAGGCCAUGUCUGAACAUCCGGACAUCCGUAAGAUUGGUUUCACUGGAUCCACUCCCAUCGGAAAAACUAUCAUGGAAAGCUGUGCUCGAGUGAACGUAAAGAAGGUAGGGCUAGAGUUGGGAGGCAAGUCUCCACUGAUCAUCUUCAGUGACUGUGAUCUGGACAAGGCUGUCAGAAUGGCCUGUGGUGCUGUGUUCUUCAACAAGGGAGAGAACUGUAUCGCUGCUGGGCGAGUGUUUGUAGAAGACUCCAUACACGACGAGUUCCUAGCUAGAGUGGUUAAGGAAGUGAAGAAGAUGAAGAUAGGGGACCCCCUGGAUCGCUCCACGGACCACGGGCCCCAAAACCACCGGGCCCACAUGGAAAAGCUGCUUGAGUACUGUAAAAUAGGGGUCCAAGAAGGGGCCAGGCUCGUGUACGGAGGGAAACAGGUGGACAGACCAGGCCUGUUCAUGACACCCACAGUUUUCACAGAUGUGGAGGAUGGAACUAUGAUGGCCAUUGAAGAAUCGUUUGGCCCAGUCAUGAUCAUAUCAAAAUUCAUGGAUGGGGACAUUGAUGGUGUGAUAGCCCGCGCCAAUGCCACGGAGUACGGUCUGGCGUCUGGGGUGUUCACCCGGGACAUCAACAAGGCAAUGACUGUGGCAGAGGCCAUCAAGGCUGGAACGGUGUUUGUGAACACGUACAACAAGACUGACGUGGCUUCCCCCUUCGGUGGCUUCAAGCAGUCUGGGUUCGGCAAGGAUCUGGGGGAAGAGGCGCUCAAUGAAUACUUGCAGACGAAAGCUGUUACAGUUGAAUUUAGUCUCUAAACAUAGAGAUAUUAGAAGCUUUGAAUACUUGCAGACAAAAGCUGUUACAUUGGAAUAUAGUUUCUAAACAUGGAGAUAUUAGAAGCUUUGAAAUUAUCAAUUAUCAUACUGUUAUAAAGAUGGAAAUUCCCCUGACUCCAAAAUUUCUAUUUAAAUAGAUACACAAGGGUAGGGCAGUUAAUAACUGACAAUUAUUUGGUAAACAAUACGUCUGCAAGGAGUUUAAUACCAAUGAUUAAAUAUUUCAGAUACAUACUGCAAAUUGAUGGGGUCAGUUGAAAGUAUAAAACGUGUAGUGUCCAGUAAAAUUUGGUUAAGAUUAUAAAAAUUGUAUCACAUCUAUAUCUAUUCAGAAGUUUUUGCAUUGUAUUAACCAAAUCCUAACAAAAAAUUGUAUUUGUGGUUGCUUAUUUUAUGGACAUAAUGGCAGUGCCUCAAUAUAUAUUUAUUGGACAAUACUUUUUUUGCUAGAAAGUUAUUACAUUGCCAUCAUCUCAUGGAAUUUGAAUUUCAGACUUGUUAUAUCCAAAAAAUGCUGGUGCCUAUUUUGGUAAGAUGUUUAUUUUUUCGUAAUAUUAAGAUGGAGGUUAGAAAAUGUUCAGUUAGUUUUUCUUACAUAUUAUUGUUACAUUGUUACAGUGAUGUUGUUAUAACCUUCAACGGUUAGUAUGCUUUACAGAUUUUAAUGCCCCCAUUGACAUGGAAUGUCUUUAAAAAGGUAAUUAAAAAAGACCUAUGUCUAACGCAGUGCAUUUCUUGUAAUGAUUAUAUUCAGUAGAUUUUGGUAAUAUAUUAGGAUGACAUCAGAUAUAACAUUUUUCAGAUUGGUGACAGAUUUAAUCUGUUAAUUGUUAAUAUGAUUGAAUACUGUUUUUAUAAAUAUAUUUGAGUAUUUCAUAAAGAGACAUUUCAGUGCAUUUAAUGCAAUAUUGCUCAAUGUAUUUGCAGAAUAUUGUUAGAAAAAUAUGAUUGCAUUUUAUUUUAUGAACUGGCCAAGACAUAGUCUGUAGGCUUAAUAUGUUUGUUUGCCCUUUCUUCUUGAACUCAUUCUCUUUGCAUUAUAUUUACAUAAAAUGUUGAUACUGUAAAUCAUUCAUUUAGAAUUACCCAGGUUUAGUUUUACCUCAAAAUUUACUUAGUUGCUGUUAUAAAGUAAAACUGCUGUAUAAAUUGUAUGGUAUUAUGACUAAUAUUUUCACUUAGAAAUAUUAAUACAAAUUAUUUAGUUGAAGUAAAUUUUAUAAAUUAUUACAAUUCCUGUGGCAUUUAAUCAACUUUUUUUACUGUUGUAGUUGUUAUUAUAACAUACAGUAAGGAGUAAAUAUAGGUAAUAAGAUUUGUAUAUAGAUAUAGGUAAUAAGGUUUGUAUAUGAAUAUAUAUAGAUACAUUAUAUUGUUUUAUAGUUUCACUUAAUACUCACCCAAAUAUGUGUACUAUAAUACUUUGUUUAAUAUUAUCAAUUGAUACUCAUAUAAAUAUUUGGACAUGGAAGAAACAGAUUUUUCGGUUGUUGUUUUUUAUAUAUUACUUGUAAACAGAUAAAGUUUCAUUAUUAUUGGUCUGUAAAAGAGAUAACUGCAUACUGCACAUGUAAUCUGAGGUGACACAUUACGCACAUGUAUUAUGAACAGGUUCCCAGAACAUGCCUUCAUUUAUCUAUUGUCUUCAUCAAAGUGGUCUAGGGGAAGCCUGCUAAUAUCUCAACCAGUGUUAUUCUAAUAAACAUUUAACAUGCUACCAUGUUUAAUGUCAAUUUUAAUUUCUAUAUAUUUUUAAGCAAUUUAUAUCGCCAUUUUAUAGAUAUAUGCAUUCAGGUUUUUUCAAGAACUGUUAAUAAAUUGUGUUGACCGGCUGGCCUUUCUACAUGUAUGCAUUUGUAUGUUGUAUAGCUCUUAAACACAAGGAAUAUUUUGUUUGAAAUGUUUGCAGUGAAAUGGUAUUGGAUAUCAAUGUGUGUUUGUUAAUGUAACUAACAUUAUGUUUUGGUCAACUAUAAGAAAUUUAUAUUUUUUAUAUUUAUGUGUUUUCAAAAAUGGUGUGUUGUUAUUAUAAUAGAUGAUUGGCAACUUACGUAAUCAUGUUAAUUUCUAAGUUGCAUAAUUCAAAUAUAACGUGAAUUUUUAGGAAGUUUAAAUUUAUAUGAAUGAAAAAUACCAGCUCAUGGUCUGUAUUGACAAAUCUUUGUAGAAGAAACCUAUGUGUUUAUCACAUUUUGAAUGUAAACAAUAGUAUAUUGUUCCAAAUUUCCACAAGAAAGUCAGCAUUUGAAGACAUUGACUUCAAGUGUUCACCAAAUAGCUAGGGUGAUGCAGGCCUUGGUCAUUAUAGACAGAACCAUAGUUUAUCAUCGCUUGACAACUGUGUGUAAAACAGUAUGUUCGCUGAAUAUUCUUUUGCACAAAGAUUUAUGAUCACGGGUAAAUUAAUUACAAUAAAUGUCUCAGUACUCGCAUAAUAUUGACAAGACAAUAAUACAUUAUGAAACAUAUUGAAUUUUGUUCAGUAAAUAAAGUAUGUAGUUAAGCUUUUUUUAUCGUACAACAACAACAAUUGAAGAAAAAAAGCACUUGCAAAAGCAUAUUAUAAUAACUGGUUCUAGCAAGCUGGAAAGCCUUUGUUGGGAAUAUGUUUAUUGUCAAUAGUUGUGUUUUGUGCCAUAGUGAUAACAGCUUAUAAAUAGUCCCGACAUGUUUCAUCGAUGAUGUCAUGUUUAGUGUGUGUUUUUUCCAUUUUCAUAUUUGGUUCUAGGCCUACAAUAGUUUACUUCCAUACAUAUCACAUAAACAUUGCAAAAAGUCUCAAAAGAUGUUUCCAUAGAGUUUUCUUUGAAUCCUGUCUAUAUAUAUCGAAAUAAUCUCAUAUCAACAAGUGGCGUUUCUAGUCUAUUAUAAACAUGUCUGUGAUCUUCCAAAUCAGCAUUCAACCCUGAAAUAAUGUCAUCUAAUACUUAACUCUUGGUUCAUUUUGUUUUUGACUGUUUUCUUUUACAUCAGCUUAGAUAUGAGCCUCGUUUUGGGAAAACGGGGCUUACGGCGUGUGCUUAAUUAGUGUUGUCACAUAUAUGACUUCGCUGUCUGUAAAGGCUAAUUAGGGACGAAACUCUGUCUGGACUGGAAUUAAAAAGACUUCUUUUACCCACAAAUUACCAUGAAAGCGGAAAUUGCUGUCUAGAUAAGCCUGUUUGGACUAUACAUUAGAAUGUGGGACAAAACUGAACGCACAUGCAUUAAGACCCAUUUUCCCAGAGCAAGGCUCAUAAGUUAAGUUUAUCAAUCGUGUCUUGUUCUGAGAAAACUGGGCUUAAUUCAUGUGUGUAAAGUGUCGUCCCAGAUUAGCCUGUGCAGUCCGCACAGGCUAAUCAGGGACGACACUUUCCGCCUAAACUUGAUUUUCGGUAAGGAGGGACUUUAUUGAAACUAAAAAUACAAUUAAAGGGGAAAGUGUCGUCCUGAUUAGCCUGUGCGGACUUCAAAGGCUAAUCUGGGACGACACUACGCACAUGAAUUAAGCCCAGUUUUCUCAGAACAAGACACAAUCAAUAAACUUACAAGUUUAGCAAAGAUCUGAUUCCAGAUACUCGUUAAUGUAUCGUUAAUAUUAUUUUUAACUGUAUAAUAUUCUAUGUUAAUGUCUUCUUUUGUUGGGAUAAGUUGCUAAAUUUUUUAAGGUUUAAAAUGUAUAUCAAUGCAAUUGUUGGGGUUUUACUUAUUUUAUCAUAUUGCUUUCCAAAGUAUUUGUUGGACCAAUUUAUAAUUCAAUUAAGUUUUGAUGUGUUUUUACAGGGUUUUAUAUUGCGAUUGUUGUUUUUACGGAGUAACUGAUUGAAAUAGCAUACUUGUAAAUGUACAUUGCGUUUAUAGGUUGAUUUACAAAUGGAAAAAAUCUAUGCAAUACGUGUUAUAUAUUUCUGAAAUAAAUGAAUAUAUAUUGUUAUGAGGUAUACAUAUGUAAAAUUUACAUACUCGCAUAUUUAGUUUGGAUUUGGAUUGAUUGAAUAAAAAUACAUUUAAAGUUGU